CCUCACAAACUUUGGUCGAUUUCGGAGAGAACAUCUCAUCUCAUUUAGCCAAUUGUUCAAAUUAAAUCAUGGAACCUGUAGCAAGUCUCAAUGAUGCUAGAACGGCUGUACAACCUGAUAUGGUGCUCCGUGUCCUGUCUGAAGUGACCAGGCCUAUCGCGAAGGGGUCUGUGGAAAAGUCAAAGCAGGGACGUGUGAUCAGCUUUGAUGAUAUCCUGAAAGAGAGCAUCAAGAACCUCGAGAAAUGUCUGUUCCAAGAUAAAAGUCUUGAAGCAGUUGCACAAAGAUUUACUCUACCAGAGGAAGAUGACAUUCAUUGGCAGUUUGUGACAGUUUGUUUAGACCUCUUGAAGCUCCUCAACCAGAGCAUGAAAGUGGCUCUCAAAACUUAUGACAAUUCUGCAAGUGAAGAUGGUGAGAUUGUACCCAAUAAUUCUGAAACCGAGUCUGAUCAGAAAAAAGUUCCUAAGACUAAGAGAAAACAAGUCCAGGCUCCACCAGACGUUUUGAAUGUGAGUCAACAGAAGACAGUAUCAACUGUAUUCCAGUUUAUUGUCUGCCUGGGUGUUUGCCCUUAUUUGAGUCCAGGUGUUGGAGUCCCUGUAGAAUUUCGCUCCAGUUAUGGACAGUAUCUGAAAUCUAGCCGAACAGUUCAGAUUCCAGACAAAAUCAAUCGACUUUCAGCAUGCUUGGAUGUGCUUUCAGACUGUGCACUUCAGCCUUCAUUUGGGAGUUUGUUCCUGGCAUCUCACCUGAAUGACUUGCUUGCUGCAUUAUUACAACUUUGCUGUGGGUACGCACAAUGCUGGGAUAAAACUGAUUUCGCUGAAGACACAGCAAAAAACAUUUCAGGAGAACCAUCGAUUGAUAUCGACUUUCGGCUGAAAAGUAUGGACCUGACCACUGCGUCACCAGGAGUCAUUGUUAGUGCUUUGCAGACACGUGCUAGGGACACUGCGGAAAGACUGAAGAAAGGCACAAGCAUGACUAAAUCAUCGGCUGCACCUUCAGACUCUACUUCCAAUGAAAACAUGUCCUCUGUUUGUCAGGAGAAGUACAAGAAAUGUCUGAACGAGUUGCUACAGCGUGUCUAUCCACCGUUGUUAGUCAGGGAGUUGGUUGUUCUUCAAGGUGGACCAAGACAACCACCCAACAUGGGUGCCAAAGUGCCAGCUUUUCCACGUGCCCCUUCGUGGCUUCGCCGGGCCUGUGGCCGCUUGCUUUCAGAGCAAGUCAUGAAACCAAUGGGUGUUCAUCAUGUUCUGAGAGGACUUCUCCAAGGAGCAGAAGGUGGUGGUUCAUCAACCUCUGAUGGUAGCGGCACAGGUGAUGACUGGAAGAAAUGUAAUGCCAUUGCCCAAAUUAUAGCAAACUGUCCGAAGCAAGCCUGCUCUGUUGAAGAAUACUACAGAUUGAUUAGCCCACAGGUCCUGCAGCUGUUUCAUAUUAAGGAUCGCAUAGUGGCACGACAGUUUGUAAGAGUCGCGAGUAGUAUUGUGACAGUCAUGGUGAAAAAAUACUCUGAUCUGGCAAAGGCCUACAUCAUAAGCCCGUUGUUACAGCCACUCAACAAAUGCCUUGAAAUCAACGAUGAAAUCAAACUAAGUGAGCCGGGAGUGCACUGGCUGCCUGAAGAAAGCUUGACCUCUUGUGUCGAAGACAUUUAUAAAGUGUUUGUCAGUGGACCAGACCCGCACACUAACCUCCUCAUGUGUUUGAUGCCUGUCAUAUCAGUGAUCUUCAAACUCUUCUGUUUCUGUAAAAGUGGAGUGUCACAAUUAAGAUCGUCUUGCCAGGAAAUGGUAACAACCUUUCUCAAGUCGAUCGACAAGGGUGUCGCCUUCCAAGUCCUAAAAGCCCUUGCUUUUGAUUCAAGAGUACAAUCUGGUCACAACAGUCACGGGUGUCGACUGAUGCACCCGGCGUUGAAGUUUGCUCCUGCCGAGAAUGGGGGCGUUGCAGUCAUUACUUGUGCCAGGGAGACUUUAGAGGAUGAAGGAAACAAGACGGAUGUUCAGGUCUACUGUCUAGUAGAGAUACUCAAAGAUCUACAAACAGGUGGAUUGGCAGGAGAAUUCUUUCUGUUCUUCUUGGAGGAAUUAACCUCAGUCCUUUCCCAAGAAGAUGACAUCAACACUGAUUCUCACCUAAGUUCCUGCAAUCGCGGAGAGGAGUUGCUCGAUAUCGAACACAGUCAAGAACAGAUUCGGCGGAACAACGAGAGGCGUCUUAUGAUCAUGAUGCUGCUGAUUAAAAUGUGUGAAACAAUGGACCACACCUAUCUCAACAGCGCUCAACAGGUUAUCAAGUUUGCCAAGAGUACCCUGUUGAGGUCUAUCUACAUAUUAGAACACACAGAAGAUGUUGACACGGGAGUUUUCGAAAGUGAAACCAUCACCUUGGCAAUUGGACUUCUGACUGCUACAAUGAGUGGAGCAGUGGAGAUUAAAGCAGACGACCGAGAAAGAAUGAAAGAACUACUUCCACUUCUCGACCUUCUCGCUACAAAACAUCCACAUGAGGAGGUGCAAGACAUGGCAUCGGAUAUCAGGAUCGCCAUAGCAACCUAUGGUGCAGUUUGGACGGAUAGCUUGGCGUCUGCUGCCAAGAAGUUCUCAAAAAGGGAAGAAAAUGAGCAAGCGACAGAAAACGUCAAAGGUCAGAAAUUGAUUGAAGAAAUAACGUCUGGUGAGGAGAAAGUGAAGUCCACCGAGAACGGGAUGAGGGAUACUGAUACCAAAUUGCUUGAUGCGAAAUCAGUUGUAAAUGGUAGUGAUGACACUGGAGGAGGUGAAUGGGUUGAUUGUAGUGCCGAUAAAUCGGGUGUCCGAAUAGGUUCUGUGACAGAACCCUAUGGUUCUGAUGGUGCUCUCACUUCCGAUACGGGGACUGCAGAUUCAAAUCUGGAUGAUAAGUAUGGAAAAUCAGGAGUAACCGGUUUACUUGGGCAGUGCUUGAAUGAACUCUGUGACCCUUUGAUACCGGUUCGUGGACAUGCCUUGAUCACACUAGCAAAACUUGUCAAACAAAAAGACACUGCAACCUUGGAGAAAACGGAACUUUUGCUAGGGAUUUUUAAGGAGAACAUUGCGCAUGAUGAUUCCUACAUCUACUUAGCGGCCAUCAACGGCUUAGCAGGACUUUCAGAACUCAACCAUGAGCAGACAGUGCCAAUGUUAGCAGAGGAAUUCAUUGCAGUUGUAGACGUGUCGAGGAAACCUCGCGCUGUUGAACUGAGAAUGAAGCUGGCUGAGGUGCUCAUGAAAGUAUCCAGAUCACUCGGUGAUCUCAUCCCAAAAUACCGUGAGGUUCUUGUGAAUGCAUUUCUUGCUGGAAGUAAGGAUCCUGAUCAUCUGAUCCGUGCGAGUAGCCUGUCGAACCUUGGUCAGGUCUGCCAGCUUUUAAGGUUCUCGCUGGGCAGCAUAUUACAAGAGGUUUUUCUGUGUACAUCUUCUCUGCUGAGGAGCGAUUCUGAGGUCGAAGUGAGACGGGCUGCUGUCAUGGUGAUAACAAUGAUUUUGAGAGGAACGAGUCAUGAUGCAAUACAGAUUCUGGAUACCACGCUGAAAGACAUUUACAGACUGCUCAAACAGUGCAACAGGUCGGAGAAGGAUGAGACUGUGAGAUUGCAGACACAACUUGCCCUCGAGGAGCUCGAUGAUAUCAUGAAGAAAUAUCUAUUCCCAAAACAGUCACUUGUAAAGACGAUCUAUGUGGCAGAUAAACCCUGCCAAACUUAAAGACUCUGUCCUGCCAAUGUGAAUCCUGAUUUUGCACUGAUGACCAACUUUGUUAAAACUCCUGAACGCAAAACAAAAGCAGCAGUGAACUUAUGUGUUACUUAUGUGAAACCAUGUUAAUCAAUAAAAGCCACUCUGUUGGUUGUCUUCAUAUUUCUA